UGUCCGCUACGCACAAAAGUAACACCAUACAAAAAAACUAAUAGGGGCCGGAGUAUCAAACUACAAUUCCAUUAUCUAUCUAAUAACGAACGACUAACACCAUGACUAUGAUAAAUUCAAUGGAACCUAGAAAGAAGAAGAAAAGUAAAGAUAAAAAUUAUAUUACACCAGGACCUAUAUAUUCUAAAAAUGAUAUACCUUAUGAUUAUAUGGUAAUCAUUGAUGCAGGAUCAAGUGGUUCAAGAGUUUAUGUAUAUAAUUGGUUAAAUCCAGAGUAUGCUUUGAAAGAUGAAUAUGAAUUAACCAAAACGAAACCAAAGGCUCCGCUAGAUAUUAAUCUUUUUAAACAUUUUGCUUUAGAAAAAUAUGAUACUGAUUCCGAGAGUGAAGAUGAGAAUGAUCAUGAAAAUGAUAAUGAUAGUGAGAAUGAUAAAGAUAAUGAAAGUGAAGGUGAAGGAGAACAGUCAACUAAUAAAGAUUCUAUCAGUACCAACAGUACCGAUUCUCAAAUAAAAUUUCCUAAAAUCAAAUCCAAGAAGAAAUGGCAUCAAAAGAUUAAACCUGGGAUAUCUUCUUUUCAAAUGAGUCCUCAAAAGAUUGGAAAUCAUCAUAUUAAAUAUUUAUUAACUCUUGCUAGUUCGGUAGUGCCUAAAUCUCAACAUUAUCGUACUCCAAUAUUUCUUCAUUCAACAGCUGGUAUGAGAUUAUUAACUCCCACCGAACAACAACAGAUUCUUGGAAAUAUAUGUAGUUAUAUUACUUCUAAUUCUGAUUUUUAUAUCCCUGAUUGUGCAUCUCAUAUCAAUGUUAUAGAUGGUGAUUUCGAAGGGAUUUAUGGUUGGUUAGCUAUUAACUCACUUAAGGGAUCAUUUGAUCAUCCAGAAAUGCAUGAUCAUGGUAAACUGCACUAUACUUAUGGUUUAUUGGAUAUGGGUGGUGCAUCAACACAAGUGGUAUUUCAACCAAAUACAACAGAAAUUGAAGAACACCAAAAGAGCUUAUACCGUAUUAACUUGAACCAAUUACCAGUACUAACGAAUUCAUCGAACUUGGUAGAUUCAAUUACCGAAUCUGAGCCUAAAUCUGAGGGAUCAUAUUAUGAACCAAAACAUCUUGAAUUUAAUAUUUAUUCUGAUUCCUUCUUAGGAUUUGGUAUGUAUCAAGCUCAUACUAGAUACUUAGAAUCUUUACUUGGUACUUAUUUACGUGAUCAUGACGUGACUGAUCAUGAUAAAUAUUAUGGAAAUAUUGGUAAACCUAUGACAGAUCCAUGUUUACCGAAGGGUUAUACAACUACAGCUCAAAUUGGAGAAUUCAAUGUAGAUUUUACAGGUAGUAGUGACUUUCCCAAAUGUCUUGAAAUGAUCUUUCCAGUUAUACUGAAUAGUACUUAUGGCGCAACUCAAAGUGAUAAAACUGAUUGUAAACAAUUUGAGGGUCCAGAUCAAGUUAGUUCAUGUCUCUUAAAUGAUUUAGUCCCUGCUUUCGAUUUUGAUGUUAAUCAUUUUGUAGGCGUUAGUGGAUAUUGGGAAGCAAUUACAAAUUUAUUGUCUUAUGAUAAGUCUACUCGAGAUGAUGACGGUGAAGAUGAAGAAGGUGAAGAUGGCAAAUCAAAAGUUGAGGAUCAAUCUGAUACUUAUGAUUACAAGCUCAUCUAUCAAGAAACUUCUAAACUUUGUUCACAACAAUUCAGUAGACUAAUCACAUUAAACAAAGCUAAGGCACCUGAAAAUCGAUUAUCAGAAGAUGAAUUGACUGAGUUAUGUUUUAAGUCUUCUUGGGUAUUAAAUUUCUUACAUUUAGGAUUAGGCUUUCCUCGAUUUGGAAUUGAUGAUGAAAAAUCUCAAAAGAAUACCCAUUUUAAAUCCCUUGAAUUGGUUGAAGAAUUAGAUGGGUCUGCUUUCUCUUGGACAUUGGGUCGUGCUCUUCUUUAUGCCAAUGAUGAAUAUGUUCAAGCUUUCAAUAAUUAUACUUUAAUAUCUAGAGGAAUAUCAGAAGAUCAAGAAUUAGAAGAUCUACUUACAAGACCCGGAUUAUACUCUUCUUCUGCUCCUAGUGAUUAUCAUUUUGGAGCUGAACAGAAUGGAAUAUACCCUCGUCCACGAUUUGUUAAACCCGACCCAAAUGCAAAAUAUCAUCAUUAUGAUUACGAAACAAACUAUAAGGCAGAAUCUGCAGAACUGAAAUGGUAUAUUGAACCUCAUAGAUGGUAUGGAAUAAUUAUUUUUAUGUUUUUGCUUGGAUUUAUUGGUUGGUUAAUGUUAGGUAGAAGUGGUAGAUCGCUUAUAUUUGAAAAAAUUAGAAUUAAAGCUUCAAGAAUACUCCAUCCUUUCUUAAAUAUAUUCAAUAGAAAUCCCUACAUUGCUGUUAGUGAACAACAUCUACAAGAUCUUGAAAAUGGUGAUGGAUUUGAAUUAGAUGACAUUACCAGUGAAGACGAUAAGCCACAAGAACUGCUACAAUCACAGGGAUCUUCACCUAGUGACGAAGACGAUAUUGACAAACAAUUCAAGAUCGACAGUGAUGAAGAGUAAUUAGUGUAAAUAAUGAAUGUCUAUAUGUAUUUUGUAGUAAGGAGGUGGUGGCUGCAAUUCUUUUUGAAUAUAUGUAUUAACCAAAAGAAAUUGUCCACUGGUGACAAAGGACUCAUAGUUGAAGAAUUGAAUAAUGACAAGUUGUCAAAAGUUACUAUGGUAGAGUAAAAACGUUAAGAGUACGAGUAAGAAAGGAAAGAAUCAGCCUGUGG